CGCCGCCAUGUCCGCCCCAGGCAGCGGCGGCGAGUUCGGCAACCCGCUGCGGAAGUUCAAGCUCGUCUUCCUGGGCGAGCAGAGCGUUGGGAAGACCUCUCUGAUCACCAGGUUUAUGUAUGACAGUUUCGACAAUACUUACCAGGCAACCAUUGGAAUUGAUUUCCUGUCAAAAACAAUGUAUCUCGAAGAUCGCACGAUCAGGCUGCAGCUGUGGGAUACAGCCGGCCAGGAGAGGUUCCGCAGCCUCAUUCCCAGCUACAUCCGUGACUCUGCUGUGGCUGUCAUUGUCUUUGACAUUACAACAGGUUCGGCUGCAGCUCUGGGACACAGCAGGCCAGGAGCGGUUCCGCAGCCUCAUUCCCAGCUACAUCCGCGACUCCACUAUUGCUGUGGUAGUCUAUGACAUUACAAACUUGAAUUCCUUCCAGCAGACCUCCAAGUGGAUUGAUGAUGUUCGGACAGAGAGGGGAAGCGACGUCAUCAUCAUGUUGGUGGGGAACAAAACUGAUCUGGCAGACAAGAGACAGGUUUCUAUAGAGGAGGGUGAGAGAAAAGCCCGAGAACUGAAUAUGAUGUAUAUUGAAACCAGUGCUAAAGCAGGAUAUAAUGUGAAACAGCUAUUCCGUCGUGUGGCUGCUGCCUUACCCGGGAUGGACAGCACACCAGAGAAGAGCAAAGAAGACAUGAUUGACAUCAAACUAGAGAAGCCUCCUGAGCAGCCAGUAACGGAGAGCGGUUGCUCCUGCUAACAGGCCCGUUCUGUAGCAGCACAUUCCCCAGCUGGCCAGUCUCACUGAAGAACAUCACUGCUCAUUGGCUAGGCAACCCUACUUUGGGCUGAAAAAACAAUCUACUAAGCGAGCGAACUCCCUGUUUACGGUGGGGAGCAGCCCUGGCCGCCCCUCUUACUGCAUGGUAUGAGCCUUGAGUGCAGAAUGAGUGUCCUGUCUUUUAUUUUACUUUUUUAUGUUGUUGCACUUUGGCACCGUGGUGCCCUUUACACUCUCUCUCUUUCUCUUCCUCCCCUUUCCCACCUUGAGCCUGUCUGCUCAGAUGUAUCAUGUGAAUGCAAUGGAAAAGCCACCAAGUUAGGGAAAAGACAAAAAAAAAAAAAUAAAGCUUGGAGGUGGGUUUUCCACUUUCCUUUACUGCCUUGCAUAUUAA